GGCAGGGUGGUAUGAUUUUUCCAUAUACAGAAUUCGAAACGGAUUUUCAUUCACUGCAUCACAUCCUCCUUGGUGAUCGUCAUAGAAAUUAAACCUGGUGCUAAGAGGAUGAUUUAUAGGAGAUGUGAUACACAUUACACAGCACAAACACUCUAAAGAUGGAACCAAACAAUAAAGUUAAAAGACCACACAUAAAUUAACCUCAAAUUUGUCAGCUGUUUUUGCAUGGAUUAUACUGUCUAACACUAAAUAGUACAGCCAUACAAAGUGGUACACUGAUGAUCAAGAAAGAAAAAAAAAACAUUGUUAAUAACGUAUCAUCUCUAGAUGAUCGCCCAUGGACCUACUGCAGCUUCUUUUCCAUUCACAUUACAACAACACAUUCGAUGAAAUUUCACAAGUGAGGUCGGGAGAAGGUAGAGCGUACGCAGACCUUACAGACUGUUCUUGGAGGACCCACGACUCGAGUAGAGCAAAUCAAAGAAAGUACAAACAGGAAAAGCGACAGUGAAGAAACAUGGUAACAGAUAUGGAAACAGUAACAACAACAACAACAACAAAAUGGAUAUCAGAAACUCAAAAUUCACUCAUAAUACCCCCUACAGUCAGAUCAACAUAUUCAGCUGACUCAGUGAAACCAACAUGGGCUAAAAAAGUCGAUGAGGGAAGAAAGGGAAGUUCGUCUUCAAAGAACUCGAGGAGCUUAACAGCUAAUAAUGUGAAGGAAUUCAACAAAAGAAAUGUGAUUCAAGAAGAAAAGAGAUACUCUCCAAGAAGUCCAUAUUACAAAGGACUUACUGAUUCGUCCAAAGAGAUUAAUCGACAAAAACUGUUAGCAGAGUUUAGUAAUAAUCAUGGAAAAGAUAGCAACCUAUCAGCGUUUUCAACAAGUUCCGGUUCUAAAUCAAAUUUAGCUAUCAAGGUACAAGAAUGGAGUGCAUCUUACUUUGUACGCAAAGGCAAAGAAGAAAGAACAUCGUCCUACUUGAAUGUUUCUUCUGGGAACAAGAACAUCCAGGAUCCUUCUUCAUCUGAGACAAGAGAUAAAAGAGUAAUCAGAACUACGAUUGGAGAAGAACUUGGUAUACAUUCGAAAGCAGUUAGAAAUUGUGCAAGAAAAAGCAAACGUAGAAUUCCACAAUUAGAUCAUCAGGGGAAGCCUUUGAGGGAGAGAGCAUCAGAAAUGCAAACAGAUAUAGUAACACUACCAGCCCCGGAACCACCAAUAACGUCACUACCAAAGUUGUCAUUACCAUCUCCACCACCAACUCCAUUAAUAAUACAAACAUCAUCGCAAGAUAAAGAAAUUGAAUCAGUACUAUCAUUGCCAGUUUCACCAACUCAAAUUGUAGAUGAUGAAAAAGAUACCAUAAAGGAGAAUGAUAUUACAGUUCCUGCAGAACAGGUUGAGAAAAGAUUUGUGUGGGCUGCCAAGUAUAGACCUGAUGCUCUGAAAGACUUUCUAUGCAAUCGAAAUACUGCACUAGAAUUGAAGGCUUUGGCAGAAAUAGAUGGCAGUACUCGUCAUUUUAUAUUUGCAGGACAUCCAGGAGUGGGGAAAAGAACCAUGAUAUUUGCUCUACUUUGCGAACUUUUUGGACAUGACAAAGUGCAGGCAAGAGAAAAGUACAAGGUGUUCAACUUAAAGGGAGAAGCAGUGCCCAGCAUACAAGUAAAUGUGAAGGAAUCAAAGAAACAUGUUGAGAUCAAUCUCUCUGAAACUAAAGGCUACGAGAAACACGUCAUAGUAGACCUAAUCAAUGAGAAAAAACACAAAUCAUCCAGAAGAUCCGCACCUUGCAACUCUGAAAACUCUAAAGCUAUCAUUCUUUGUGAGGCAGACAAGCUAUCAACAGAUGCCUUGCUAUAUAUUAAAUGGCUGAUAGAGAGAUAUGCAGGCUGUUGCAAGAUCUUCUUUUGCUGCAGCGAUUUAACAAAGCUUCAGCCAAUUAAGUCUAUUUGCAAAGUUGUUCAUCUCCAAAAACCUUCAGAUGAUGAGAUUGUAGACGUCUUGCAAUUCAUAGCAAAACAGGAAGGAAUAGAAUUACCAGACCAAAUAGCAGCGACGAUUGCUAGUAACUCUAAAAGUAACCUACGCCAAGCAAUUCGCUCUUUUGAAGCUACCUGGCACUUCAACACUUCCUUGCAAGAAAUCAAGACAGGGUGGGAAGACGACAUUGCAGAGAUCGCUAAAAACAUAAUUGAAGAGCAAAGCCCAAAGCAGCUAUACGAUAUCCGUGGGAAAUUGCAGAACUUAAUAGAGCACAACGUAUCUGCUGAGUUCAUCUUUAAUACUCUGGUUGAUGAACUAAAGAGUAAUUUAGAUGGCCAGUACCACAAAGAAAUGGACAUUCUGAAAAUGAAGUACAAUAUAAAUUUAAAUGACCUUGAGCAAGGUACAAUUGAUAAUGAUGCAGUGAAAAAGAUUGUUCACAAAUUUAUGAAAAUUGAAGAGUUCAUAGCUAAAUUCAUGAGCUGGUAUAAGAUUUUUGUUCUGAAGAAAGGAAAUCACAACGCCAUCCUCUCCAAAGGGGGUAUAUAGUUUGGAAACAGCUUCCAUUCGAGGUGACAGUUAUCCCGUGGAUUUAAUCGAGGUGCGGGAAUGCUGGCCUGGAUACCACAGUUAUCCGAAAAAAGAGAAUAUAUGUACUUAAGAGUACUUCUCCCUAUCACUUUGUUAAACAAGUUUGGUUAAUAAUUUGGCAUUUCAACUGUAAAAUAAAGUGGCAAUUUAGCCCAAGAACACAUUUUAUGUGCUAAAGAAAUUCUAUCAUCCUGCAGAAUAAUGUAAGAUAAAUAACAAGGCAAUCAAGUCAAGAGGUGUAUGUUUUCAUUGUUUUGGAAGGGUACUUGUAAAACUAACAGCUUGUUUGGAUUGUAUUAUGUUGUUAGUUUAUAUACAA